ACCUGUGGCUGUGCCGCUGCAGCGGCUGUACGCGCGGCCGGGGGUCAUGGCCGAGAGCGCGAAGGGAUAGUGAGAGCGUGGUGACCCGCGCCACCCCGCGCCACCCCGCGCCGAGCAUCGACUUCAUCGGCUGUGACAGUGUGUGGUGCAAGCACGUUAGGGAGUGGAGCCGAGUGGUGUUGUCGUGAAAGCAGUGCCAACAACAUUAGGAUCCUUCUGCUUCCGCACAAACACGUCGAGUGCAGCGAGUGAACACGACAGCGACGACAACAACAACCACAACAACAACAGCAGCAGCAGCAGCAGCAAGGAGGUACAGCAGCUCGGGGACUUGCUGCUGCCGCUGCGCCUCACACCCCCCAUGCUUCUGCUGGACGGAGCCGCGGCAGCAGUACCAGCACCGCCAGCAGCAGCCCGUGUGUGAGACGGACUGAGCUGAGCCGCCCGGGUGCGCCCCGCCCCGAUCCGCCCCGCCCGCGUGCGCCGCUCCGGGCCCUCUAGGCCAUGAGGCACGCCGGGGUGGGCGUCGGGGUGGGCCUGUGGGGCCCCAGCCCCAGGGCGUCGGACCGUCCGCGAGACUCGAGCAAGGGCUCCUCGGGCAAGGGCGCCGGCGCCAAGGGGGCCUCGGCCAAGGCGGUGGUCGCCGUGCACAGGGGCAAGUCCCCGCCGCCGUCGCCCCCGCGGCAGAUCCUCGCCAAGUCCACGGAGAUGAUCCGCCAGUCCUCCCUGACCAGGCUGGGCUGCAUCAUCAACACCGCUGUCAACGGGGCCAAACGUUCAGGGAAUGGAGACACGCAGUGGUAUUUCUCCCAGGUUAAAGGGACGCUUGACGACGAUGUUACCGAAGCUGAUAUCAUAUCAUGUGUUGAGUUCAAUCACGAUGGAGACCUCUUAGCCACUGGUGACAAAGGAGGUCGGGUGGUCAUAUUUCAAAGAGAUCCUGUUAGUAAAAGUGUAAUUCCAAGGAGAGGGGAGUACAAUGUUUACAGCACUUUUCAGAGCCAUGAGCCUGAAUUUGAUUACCUUAAAAGCUUAGAAAUUGAAGAAAAAAUCAAUAAAAUCCGAUGGCUGAGGAGAAAGAAUCAAGCUCACUUUCUGCUGUCUACAAAUGAUAAAACUAUUAAACUGUGGAAAGUAUCUGAAAGGGAUAAGAAAGUUGAAGGUUAUAACACCAAAGAAGAAACAGGACAAGUCAGAGACCCAUCAUGUAUAACACAGCUCAGAGUUCCUGUUAUAAAACCAAUGGAACUCAUGGUUGAAGCAUCACCCAGAAGAAUCUUUGCUAAUGCGCACACAUACCAUAUAAAUUCAAUUAGUGUAAACUCAGACCAGGAGACAUACUUGUCAGCAGAUGAUCUCCGAAUCAAUCUUUGGCAUCUGGAGAUCACAGAUCAGAGCUUCAACAUUGUAGAUAUUAAGCCCACCAACAUGGAAGAACUGACAGAAGUUAUCACUGCUGCUGAGUUUCACCCAGUGGAGUGCAACCUCUUUGUAUAUAGCAGUAGCAAGGGUACUAUCAGGCUGUGUGACAUGCGUGCUGCUGCACUUUGUGAUAGGCAUUCAAAAUUGUUUGAAGAGCCAGAAGACCCGACCAACCGGAGUUUCUUCUCUGAAAUUAUCUCAAGUAUAUCAGAUGUGAAACUUUCAAAUUCUGGACGGUAUAUGAUCUCCAGAGAUUAUUUGUCAGUGAAGGUGUGGGACUUGCACAUGGAAACUAAACCCAUUGAGUCUUAUCCUGUUCAUGAAUACCUCAGAUCAAAACUCUGCUCAUUGUAUGAAAAUGAUUGCAUUUUUGAUAAAUUUGAAUGUUGCUGGAAUGGCAAUGACUCAGCCAUUAUGACUGGUUCCUACAACAACUUUUUCCGCAUGUUUGAUCGAACCACCAAAAAAGAUGCAACUCUAGAAGCCUCGCGGGACGUGGCUAAGCCUAAAACACUUUUGAAGCCAAGAAAGGUGUGCACUGGAGGCAAGAGGAAGAAGGAUGAUAUCAGUGUGGACUGCUUGGAUUUCAACAAAAAAAUACUUCAUACAGCUUGGCACCCUCUAGAGAAUAUCAUUGCUGUUGCAGCUACCAACAAUUUGUUCCUGUUCCAGGAUAAAUUCUAACUGAAGUUACAGAAAGAGACUCUUGGUGCAGUAGUUUCGUCAUGGCCUCCACCGACUGACCCUCGGGAGUUCUCCUCUCAUCGAAAAGGGCUAUUCUGCGCUAAUUUUUGCCAAGGCUCAAGUUGCAGUUAUGUCUUCCGUUAGCUUUUUGGGGAAGGAGUUGAAGGCAGUCUCAUUAACUGUGAAAGGGACAGUCUGCGUUCUUUAUAAUUCAUGAACUUUCAUUAGCUAUUGAUUUAAUGUGACAGGAGUGGCUUAUUUUCAUAUGGUAGUAAUAAUGAAGAGGGCAUCUGAUCACUUAAGAUCAGGCAGUCAUUAGUAUCUAUCUCAAUAAAUUUUGGGCAAUCAUUCGUACUACAAUUCUCCACUUUAGGCUCUUUUCUGCUUCUUCUACAUGGAGUGGCCAAUCUUUUAGCAUUAUUUAUGUUAUUUAUUGAAGCAAGAGUGGGGUUUACUGUGCCAGUCUAAGCAAAGUGAUAGUUGCCACUGAACAGUCCAAUUCAUUUUCUCUCAAGCAGAGCUUGUGCUCCUUCCAUUUAUUUUAUCUGUUUCGUUAAUUUAUUUAUUUAUGGCUUACUAUGACUUGUGUAUGAAAAGGAACUAGGUAGUGGUUGGAGUCAGCAGUUUCUGCUGACAGAUUGACUGAGGUACCUGUUGAAUUGUUAGGGUAGUGAGGAUGCAUUCCAUGAACCAUCCCCUGGGCCAAUUCCCUGUUUCUAACCUGUGAAUUGACUUGCUGUAUUGACUUCAAUUGACAGUAGCAUGCCCAUAUAAAUAUAUCCUUUGGUCUAAAGAUAAACUUCAUUUUAAGUGAAUGUUCAUUGUUAUGACUAUACCAAUUUGAAAUAUCCUGGUUUUCCUUGCACAUAUGGUAAGAUUGAUCAAUACUAUGUUAAAAAAACAAAAAAUGAAGUGAUGUUUUGAACAUUUAAGCAUCUGACAGCUUUGACAGGCUUCUAUGUGUCAACUUGUUCGGUUUCAUGAAUUGUACUUAAUAUUUGUUUUUUGCAGUGAGGGAGAGUAAAUGAACUUCUGAAGUAUUCUCCCUCAUUGUGCUACCUGGAAAGUUGGUCAGCAUUUUGGCUUUGUCAAAUGAUUGUAUGAAUGGGUCAAUGUGUUUUAAUGAGGAGAACCCAGUGGUUUUAUAGCGAACUUUAGUAUACUUAAAUGUGUAACUUGUAAACAAUCCAUGGAGACCGCUUUGAAAUUAAGUGAUUGUCAGGUUGUAUGUUGAAGUUAUUAUGCUACCAGUAUUACUUAAUGCCCAGUGAUGGAUUCUUCAUGGCCGUGUGAGUAGUUAACGUUUAAAGUCCAUUUUACCCAUGAAGAGUUUUAUGUAAUUUUAUGUGGUCUGAGUCUUAUCCACCAAGUUAUAACUCCCCCCCCCCCUUUUUUUUUUAAAUGUGCAAUGGUUGUUGCUGUCAACUGUUAUCAAUGCAUAAUUUUGUUACUCAUUUGAAUUGAGACCCAUCUGUACUGUUAAUUAGUUUCUAAUUUUUACGUUCAUAAAUUUUGUUAAGCAUCAUUGGUUUUACACCUUAAAAUUUUCUCUUCCUUCAGUAAAUAUAGAAUCCUGAUAUGCUCAGUUAUGAUUUGUGAUUGAAAAAAUAUGUGUUUGUAGGUAGGUAUCUGAUUGAAAAAGUACAUUCAUGUACAUGUAGGGUAUGAGAUUACCUGUCAUUUUCUGUUCUCCGUACUUGAGGGCGAAUAUGAAGUUAUCAGGAUAGUUCAAGUGUGAGAAUUCAUUUUGAUACAUGAUUAAUAAAUAUUUUUGUACUGAA